CAGAAGGAUAAUACAUUUUUGUCAAAUUGACAUAUAUUAUUAGGCUGUCAAAAUUCAUGCAGAACGUAUAAUUAUCAUGUCUGAUUUUUACAUUCAUAUUCGUUAAAACAAGAUGUGGAACAUGUUGUUAAGCCGGAAAAUAUUCAGACCUUUUUCAUUAGCCUUUAGAAAGUAUCAAGUGACCGUGGUUGGCGGAGCCAGCGAUAUUGGACAAACACUAUGUUUACUGCUUCGUGCGCAACCCUGCAUAACCAAGCUUGUAGUACACGACACGAGAGUACACACCAGCGGAGUUUUACUAGACUUAUCGCAUAUUCCCAGUGACUCAAAAAUCAAAGGUUACACCGACGAAGAAGCACUCGACGCUAGUUUGCAGAAUUCGGAUCUCGUAUUAGCAGUAGGCGGUGAAAUUCAAAAUCCCGGUACGAAUAAAAAGUCAUGGCUAACUACAAACACGGAAUUUAUUAAAACACUAGCGAAAAGUUUAUCUAAACUAUCACCUAGCCCGUUUUGUGGCAUUGUUACCGAACCUAUUAACCGGCUGGUCCCAAUGGCAGCAGAAAUUAUAAGACAUUAUGGAGAAUAUGAUCCUAAAAAACUUUUUGGUGUCACAACCAUAGACGCUCUCCGUGCUCGCGCGUUGUUCGCAUCCGACCACAACUUGCAUCCCCACGACUGCAUAGUGCCCGUGAUUGGAGGUCACUCAGACAAAACCACAGUGCCUCUUUUGUCGCAGAGCAAGCCGUCUAAAGAGCUGAAUGACCAAAUCAUACUGGACUUUACCACUAGACUACGCAAGUGCGAUGAAAUAGUAACCGAGGCCAAAAAGGGGUGGGCUCCUACAUUAUCGGUCGCCUUUAGCGUUUUGGUAUUCACCAGGAGUAUUCUCGACGCACUCGGCGGGAAACCCGGCAAAGUUAACGCUUUGAUAGAAAAUAAUGAUUUUGGCACAUACUUCUUAUCGGGUACAGUUAACGUCAACCAAAAAGGCGCCGGCGAGAUGGAGAGGUACUGCGAUCUGACUCAGUAUGAGUGCUACUUAUUGGAAGGUAGCCUCGAACAGUUGCGUAAAGACGUCAUGAAUGGUAAAAAGGUGCUCGAAAUGACGUGAAAUGGAAAUAUUUGUAAAAUUAAAGUCAUACUAAAAUAUUUACAUUUGAAUCAAGUUCCAAAUCCCGCUGAGUUGAUCGUCGUUUUUAAUCAUACUCAUUUUAUGGAAGUGAAUAAAACAAUAUUUGUAUCAA